AUGGGCCCUCAGGCCGGGAGGUGCGGGUGGGUGCAGGGGGGCGCCCGGGUCAGCGGGGCCGUGACUGAGUCCCGCACGCUGUACCCACAGCAGGAGCUCAUCGAGAGCCUCGGCCGCAAGCUGCAGGUGCUGCGGGAGGCACGGGAGAGCCUGCUGGAGGACGUGCAGGCCAACAGCGCGCUGGGUGACGAGGUGGAGGCCCUGGUCAAGGCCGUGUGCAAGCCCAACGAGUUUGACAAGUUCCGCAUGUUCAUCGGGGACCUCGACAAGGUGGUGAACCUCCUGCUGUCGCUCUCCGGCCGCCUGGCCCGCGUGGAGAACGCCCUCAACAACCUGGACGACAGCACGCCUCCGGGCGAUCGGCAAUCCCUGCUCGAGAAGCAGCGCGUCCUGAUCCAGCAGCACGAGGACGCCAGGGAGCUGAAGGAGAACCUGGACCGCCGGGAGGGCAUCGUCUUCGACAUCCUGGCCAGCUACCUGGGCCCCGAGAGCCUGGCGGACUACGAGCACUUCGUCAAGAUGAAGUCGGCGCUCAUCAUCGAGCAGCGCGAGUUGGAAGACAAAAUACACCUGGGUGAGGAGCAGCUGAAGUGCCUAUUGGACAGCCUGCAGCCGGAGAGAGGCAAAUGAAGGCGCACCCAAACCCCAUCCCACCCGGCCCUCCCCGGAGAAGGAGGACGACGCGGAUGGGGUUGGCGGAGUCAUCAGCUCCGGUCCUGUGGAUGCCGCUGAAAACCGUAGCCUGUAUUUACGUCCUGUCGUUGGGGGUCGGGGGAGGGGGGUGUCCUCUCACGGCCAGGUCGCGGUCAGCAAAGUAAUAACUUAUAUGUGUGCGUUUGGGAUGAGUUCUUUAAUUCUUAGGUUCCCUUUUGGAAUGCUGAGCAGAGCGGCUCCCCCCUCCCCUUUGCCGCGGUGGCCCGACAGCGUCCCCACGUGGCGCCGGGGCUGGGGUGCGCCCUGCGCGCGUACGCACUGGGGUCACCCCUGUGGUCUCCACCGGCCUUGCGUGCGGACGCUGAACCCCGUCCUCCACGCGGGCAGGAACGAUCGCGUCUCUAAAGAAGGUGCAUGUGGGUCAGGGGUGGGGAGUCGCCUGGUGCACGAGCUGUCCCAUGGAUCGCAGGAGGCGCCGGGGCUGGGGUGUGCCCUGCGCGCGUACGCACUGGGGUCACCCCCGUGGUCUUCACCGGCCUUGCGUGCGGACGCUGAACCCCGUCCUCCGCGCGGGCAGGAGCGAUCGCGUCUCUAGAGAAGGUGCAUGUGGGUCGGGGGUGGGGAGUCGCCUGGUGCACGAGCUGUCCCGUGGAUCGCGGGAGGCGCCGGGGCUGGGGUGCGCCCUGCGCGCGUACGCACUGGGGUCACCCCCAUGGUCUCUAACCGGCCUUGCGUGUGGACGCUGAACCCCGUCCUCCACGCGGGCAGGAACGAUCGCGUCUCUAAAGAAGGUGCAUGUGGGUCGGGGGUGGGGAGUCGCCUGGUGCACGAGCUGUCCCGUGGAUCGCGGGAGGCGCCGGGGCUGGGGUGUGCCCUGCGCGCGUACGCACUGGGGUCACCCCCGUGGUCUUCACUGGCCUUGCGUGCGGACGCUGAACCCCGUCCUCCGCGCGGGCAGGAGCGAUCGCGUCUCUAGAGAAGGUGCAUGUGGGUCGGGGGUGGGGAGUCGCCUGGUGCACGAGCUGUCCCGUGGAUCGCGGGAGGCGCCUGCCGGCUGUGCUCGCCGUGCGUCCGGAAGUGUUGCGCCAUUCGUUCUGUCUGUCCUCUAAGGAUGACCCCGACCCAGCAAAAAAAAAAAUCAUGAGGAUGAGUAUUAUUUAUUAAUGUGUUAGAAAGAGAAUAGUUAUCCAUGCGGUUUAAAGACCAGCGGUGAAAUGACGAGCUUUCAGCGUGCUGGGUUCACUCAUGGUGAAAUCGCCACUUGCACAGUGUACAUGCUUUAAGGCGCAGGCAGAAGGGACAUACUGGUUUUUGUUCUUCUGGAAUGACACCCGCGUGCAAAUGGUAUUUUUCCUGCAAAGUGAGAUUACGUGGCUGAAAGUGUGUCCGGAAGAUAGGUGCUUGCGAGUUUUGUUUUGAUUUUUUUUCCUUAAGGCCCCUGAGAUAUUUUCCUCAUUUACUUUCCCCUCCGCGCUCCCCCUCCCGCCCCCCCAAGAACAUUUCUUUGGUGUGUAUAUGAUUGUGGAUUAUAACUGGCAGCUCCUCUCUUUUUGCUUCUCUGGAUUAAUUAUUGGCAGUGUCAAGGCCACCUCCUCUAAGAACCCGUGGUUCUGGCUUUCCAGAGGUCCAGGUGGACCAUACGACUCCCAGACCUGGUCUUUCUCUGCCACAGAGUUGACCACCGUCUGUUGCCCGUUUUGUCGUUUGAUAUUGCAAGGUGGUCGAGAGAGUCUGUUCACUAGAAAACACUGUCGGGCUGUUGUUUUCCAGUGGCCGAGUCACGACUAGAAGAUAUCUUGCAGAUCCCGUGUGCUGCAUUUGCAUCCACAAUGUAUAAAGAUCUUUCCAAGUUAACAGCAUGAAAACAGACAGCCCAGUUAAAACAUGAGCCAGAGUCUUAAAUAGACAGUUCACCAAAGAGGCUAUGUGCAUGUCAGUGGGCAUAUAGGUGUUUAGCCCCUCGUGGCUUGGUUCUCACGGUCUGAUUUUUAACCCGAUUGUCUGUGUUCCGUCCCAGUUGGGUGAGAUGCCUGCAUAAUGGUGGUAGAAGCCCUAAGAUAACUUCAUUUCGGGGUGAUAUUCAGAGGUCAGAUCAUGUUACUCCUUGUUUCCUCUUAUGCCUGGGAAACGAGUUUUCUGACAGAUGGGGAGAUAGCCCUGUCACCGGUGACCGGCGCCUUACCAAAGACAGAAGCACACAAUGUCUUUAAUAUUAAAGGACACUACUCCACACCCACAGAGCCGGGAGGACAAGCUGGACUGGCCCCGGUGAUAUCUCUGCAGCCCUGGUGGGAACCGACCUGGCAGGCUUCAGUGAUGCCGGCAAUAAACAUUCCUUUGGCAGCCCACCCACGCCAGAGAGAAGGGCCUUUUUCUGCACUUUUUAUUCUUCUUAAAUUAAGCUGUUCCUGACUUGAAAAACCCCUCUUCUGCCAGUGAAGCGUCGUCCUCCUCCCCACGUGCUACGGUCACUUGCUGUGAAAAUGGGUCAUGGUGGAAAAGAUAAAGCUGGCUGUCCACGGAUCCCCCGCCCCGCCUUUCUCCCUUGGGGCAACAACCACAGUGAUGUCAGUGUGUUUUGAUUUUCAGAAAGCUUUUAUCUGUGAAUCUUGCCCUUCUCAUACAGUAUUGUGAUCAUUUUGAUGAUACGUCUGUAAAAUGUGAAAAUAGAGUUUAUGCCUGUAUCCAGCUUUUCGGUGUCUUUUGAGAACAUUGUCUUCUACACAGCAAUACACAGGGCUCUGGUAUCCUUUAAACGAAGCCCAUAGAAUCACAAUGGUCCUGUCUGUUUCUCCAUCUGCCUCAUAAAUGUCUGGUUGGCGGGGACCCAAAGAUUGCAGUGAGUCAGUGUGUACAACUUUGUAUAUAACUAUAUUACUGCACAUACAAUCUGGUGCUAACCUUUCUCCCAUGGCAUUCCUGGGUGGUGGCUGAUGGCUCACCCUGGGUCAUCACUCAGCUGAGAUGUGCUCUCUGUAUCUUGAGGUUGCAGUCAGGGGCCUUGCCGGAUACUUUGAUCAUGCCUUCCACCGUGGAAGAUUUGUACCGAUUUCAUGCUCAACACUUAACACUUACCUCUCAACAGAUCAUCCUGCUUGACCUUAAUAAAAUAAAUGAUAUCUUUCAGUGAA